AGACACGUUGUCGACCCUGAUCUACAACGCCAGACCCAGAGAUUUCGAUUCACUGAAUGCUGAAUUACUAUUGAAUAUUCAAAACACCUGAAGGCCAGACUUCAAUCAUUCCAUUCAGGAGCUCCUACUGGGGCAGUUAGAGGCUGAAGGAUAAAAUGUGAACUCACCCUAUGUCUGAGGCUGGGGAAAGCCCAUAGUGACUCAUCGCCACAAUCUGGAUCUGUCUGAUGCUACUGCCAAGCAUAAACAGGGCGGCUGAGCACGCAGGGUGAAGUCACCUCACCGCAUAUAUAGCCAAGACAUUCAGGUAUCCACAGCUUCCACCUGCUCGGGUGUCUGUCUAGUCACCGGCUUUCUCUCAGCUCUCAGGAAGAAUGCAUGGAAUGAGAAAAAGAUCGGUCUUAAUCUCUGCAAAUGCCUUACCCAGCCACUGGAACUGACGUAAUUUUCUACUCCCUGUCUACUUCUAUAGUUUGUAAUCAAAUACAAGAAUAUAAAAGUUAAUAGCUGCUCUUUCCAUUUAGCAAGCAGCACUAGACUUAGAAUCUUUAUUCUCUAUGUGAUUUGUUUCUAUAAGUCUAUGUUGGGAAUACUUUAAAACCCAUUUUAGCAUACCACAUGCCGUGCACUGUGUACGGCUUCAGGUAUAGCUGGAUUCAGAGGUUCAAAUGUUGCUGUCAGAAUCUGAUAACUCUCCACUCUGCUUUAUUGAGCAGACUCUCUCUUCAUGUCUCUUCCCAACUUCAAGUCCAAAGGCAAAAUGUGUGCCUUUUUUCCAAUCACUUAUACAAAAGACCCAGGACUAGUUUUUUUUUUUCUUUCUUUCUUUCCUUUUUUUUUUUUUUUUUUUUGUGGUACACGGGCCUCUCACUGUUGUGGCCUCUCCCGUUGAGGAGCACAGGCUCCGGACGCGCAUGCCCAGCGGCCAUGGCUCACGGGCCCAGCCGCUCCGCGGCAUGUGGGAUCUUCCCGGACCAGGGCACGAACCCGUGUCCCCUGCAUCGGCAGGCAGACUCUCAACCACUGCGCCACCAGGGAAGCCCGUGUCUUUCUCUUUCUGACCUACUUCACUUAGUAUGAUCAUCUCUAACUCCAACGUCCGUGCUUUUAAGCACUUGUGACCGCCCACUCCCAUUCCUCCAGCAGCUGACAGGAAACAAACCAGGCAUCUUACGGGCAGUUUGAUGAAUCAGAGGGGGCCUUGGAAGGACAAAUCACUAAGUUAAUCUCCCAAAAUUUUCAUGUUUGUUUAGACAGUGACCAUGAUGGCUACUAGAGAAGAUAGUUUUCUGACUCUGCUGCUCUUGGCUCCUUGACAAAAGCAGAGAAGAAGUCGUAAUCCCUGAUCCAAGAUCUGUGAACAGCCUCUUCAAACUGCCGGGGUCACAAAGCCUUUAGAUAACGUCCUCCCUGUCCUGUUUGGUUUUGUUAAUCUGCGGGUGACUCACCAACCCCUUUUAAGCCACGUUGGGUUCAAGGCAGUGACUGCUUGGGGUAGAAGCCAUGGCUCACAGACUCUGCUUCUCCUACUGGCUACUGGUCUGCUGGUUGGUGGUAACUGUGGCAGAAGGACAGGAAGAGGUAUUCACCCCUCCUGGAGACUCACAAAAUAAUGCAGAGCCUACAGACUGCCAGAUCUUUACACUUACCCCUCCUCCCACCACAAGGAACCCAGUGACGAGGAUCCAGCCCAUCACCAGGACACCCAGGUGUCCCUUCCAUUUUUUCCCACCACAAAGGCCCAGAGUCCACAUUAGGUUCCCAUACAGACCUUUCCUCCCUCCGAGGUGCUACCACCAUUUUCAGUUCCAUCCAUUUUUUCGGCCGCACAGUCGCCUUCCUCCUUAUUAUUAUUUCCCCAGAAGAAGACUCUGGAGAGCAAGCUCCUCUGAGGAAAGCAGAGAAAGUAGAGAAGCGCCAAACGUGCUGAAGUAAAAGAAGCCAAGGCCUCAGGAAAAAGAUUUCUGUUUUCAGUGACUAAACUAAAACUAUUGGACUGGAAAAUUAAGCAUCGGUGAUAUCUCAUUGUGGUUUUGAUCUGCAUUUCCCUGAUGAUUAGUGAUGUUGAGCCUUUUCAUGUGCCUGUUGGCCAUCUGCAUGUCUUCUUUGGAAAAAUGUCUAUUCAGUUCUGCCCAUUUUUUAAUCAAGUUGUUUGUUUUUUUGAUGUUGAAUUGUAUGAAUGCUCAGGUACUUUUAUAUGUAAGAAAAAAAUAAAGAAAACCACUUCUUUCCUUUUUCAAGCA